AUGAAGCGAGGCCGUAUUCUUGUUAAUAUUAUAAAACAAAGAUAUCAAGAGAACCUAUCAACAAUGAAUGAACAACAGUCGGCAAAGUUUAUAAAUGUAGAAGCUCAAAAUAAUAAAGAAAGUAGGUCAAUAAACACUGCCUUGCUAACAAAACCAUGUAUUAACCAACAAAAUGAAAAAAAUCUUGACAUACAAAGUGAUAAGGGUCUAAUAGAUGAUUCUAAUACUGCAGAUUGUGUUCGACAAAAAGACAAAAAACUGACGCCUAACGCAAUUCCAAAUUUAGAAAGGUAUGAAGAAAACUCACUAAUAGUCAAUGAAGGAGAGACGGCCACAUCUUCGAACUUUGAACAACAGAAGAGCAAAGAGCACACGCCAAUAGAUACUGCCUUACUGACCAAACCAUGCAAUAUGCAGCAAAUUGUAAAUGAUCUUUACAUGUCGUCAAGUGAUCAAAGUCUCAUAGAUGAUUCUGAUACUGAUCCGAGCUAUGUCCGUCAAAAAAAGAAGAAACUGCCCGCGAAAGUAAUUCUUAAUUCAUCUUUGUCUUCUUCAAGUGAUACUAGCUCAUUUAGCACUUCAAAUUCUAGUACUUGUUCUAACAGUAGUUCUGAUUCUGAAACAGAAACCAGGGAUAUUAUCGAUGCUGUUACACGGACUCAAAAUCAAAAUAUUGUUAAUGAAGGUCGCAAUGGUCAUCCCAGUAAAAAUAACAAUGAUCAGCCCGAUGAAGAUCGCAAUGGACAGCCUAAUGAAGAUUGCAAUGAUCAGCCCAACGAAGAUUGCAAUAACCAGCCUAAUGAAGAAGCAAUAAAAGGAAAGAAGAGGCUAAGAAAGGAAUUGACAUGGAAAGGUACAUUAGAUUUAAGUAACACGGCUAUUAAUACCGCACUCACAAAAAAAUGCUCCGGUAUUGUGGCCAAUGAUUUUAGAGGGAAACACGGAAAGCAACCCAAAAUUGAUAAUGAAAUUAAAGUCAGUGUUACGGAGUUCAUAAAUAGUAUACCAAGGAUUGAGUCUCAUUACCUGAGAGCGCAGACAUCACGGCAGUUUAUUUGCAGUGACAAAUCUCUUGCUGACUUAUAUCGUGAUUAUGAAGAAGCUUUUGAAAACAAACAGUUACCUUUCGCUACAAAGUCAACAUUUAACAGGAUAUUUAAUGAGUUUAAUAUUUCUUUUUUUGUUCCGAAAAAAGAUCUUUGCGACCUCUGUGAGAGUUUUAAAAACGCUAAUGAAGAAGAGAGAUUUGAAAUACAAGAGAGUUAUAAACAACAUCUUUUAGAAAAAAAAAAUACUAGCAAGAGUGUACAAAGAAAAAGACAAGAACAGAAAUGA